AUGUCGGCCUUAGAUACUAGUUUGGGUUUGCGGCACGUGGUUCUGAGACUUGAUAAGCUCUGUCACGUGAAAUGCUUGAUUCUCAUUUUAGGCAUCCACAGCCAGGCUCGCUAUCUCCUCCUUCAAUUGAUCCUGCGAGUCAAAUCAUUCAUCAAAAUCCUUAGCCUUCUCGGAUCCCUCAAGGAGUGCGAUUGGGGGAAACCGUCAUGCUCCCAGUGCAUUCGGGCCAAAGUCGACUGUCCCGGGUAUCGAUCUGCUUUGGAGUAUAAAUUUCGUGACCAGAGUCGUGAUGUUAUUCGCAAGGCACAACUUAAAGCCGAAAGGGAAUCCGAAGAAAUCAGCAAGCGACAAAAGCGGACCGUCAAGGGUAACAGCAACCAAAUGCUGACUUACUCGUCUUCACCUUCCUCAAACCUAUCAUAUCCAACCGCAGAACUGGCGAAGGGAUAUCUCUUUGUAAAUUACAUCGCCAAGGGGGAUCGAGGGGCGUACAUGCCGUACCUUUCAACUUUGGCAAACCAUCUAGAAAGCUCCGCUGUGAACGAUGCUCUUACGGCUGCCGGGCUGGCGGCCUUGUCCAACAUCUAUAGGUCUCGACAGCUUAUGUAUACAGCCCGUCAACAUUAUAUGACCGCGUUGUCUCAGACUAGUAGCUCCCUCAGUCACGCGCAUUUGUCUACGAGGGACGAAACCUUGGCUACAGUCGUGCUCCUGAGCAUGUUUGAAGUAUUGACCUGCAGCGACGGUCUUUUCAUCAAUCGAUGGAUUAAGCACUUAGAUGGCGCGGCAAUUUUGAUUGAGACUCGGGGUCCAGAGCAACUAACUCGACCGGAAGGAUUGGCGUUAUUCAGUCAAUUACGCACCCAAAUAGUGCUCAGUCAUAUAUAUCGGCAAAAGCAUACCUCGGCAAUGAUUCGUCGCCUCAGUCAAGAAACAGCCAAGUACAGACCGAAUAAAGAUGAUGCGAUUGUCGAUCGACUCAGCAGCGUGACCAUUCCACUUGGGGACCUCUGUGCAGCUAUCAAGGAGGGCACAAUAAGCUGCCCAUCGGAGAUCGUGCGUUAUGCCUUGAAUCUAGAUGCACAAAUCCAAUCAAUAAUGUCCGAUAUACCUGCUUCAAUGGGUUACAAGACUGUCAACGUUGCCCUGGCUCAGGGAGUACCUACGGUCGACACUGUUUGGGGCGCUCAAUAUCAUACCUAUAGAGACAUCACCGUGAGUAGCUUCUGGAAUAACUAUCGAUCUGCUAGGCUGGUACUCCUGGAGUUGAUUGUCGAAGCGAUCGGUGCCAUGAACAUCCACUUUCCGGGCAAUACGAAAGAAGAGCAUCAACAUUUAUUGCGAGAAUGUCAGCAAAUUUCCCGCCAGCUCGUUGAGGAUAUUUGCGCAAGUGUGCCAUUUCAUCUUGGCUCUGUGGUGGAUGACAGCCACGUCGACAAAUUCUCCGGUUCCACGACUUUCAAAAGCUCAGACGCAAAUAAGCAUCGUGCAUCGAAGCCUCCUCACUUGUCAUCUGAAUCUCCAUUUGGAGCUCCAGCAGCCGGUGGUUUUGCCUUAAUGUGGCCUUUGUUGAUUGCUGCAGACUCUGGUUAUGCGCCCAAGGAACUUCGAAGUUGGAUCAUCCAUUGUCUAGAUAAGAUCGGCCAUUCUAUGGGUAUCAACCAGGCAUUAGCAAUGGCACAAUUGGUGAGAGAGGGCGAGAGCACGCGGGCCUGGCUAUCCCCGGAAUAUUCUUCGCCUAAACGAGACGGCCAGGAGGGGGGAUCAUGGAACGAAGCUGAAGCUCUAUAA